AUGCUAGCCCUGAGACGCGCAGCAGCAGCGGGGGCAGUCGAGGCCACUCGUCUCCGCCCCCCCCCAUCAGCCCCCAGGGAGAGCAAACAGGGGGGAAACACACCAAGCAGAGGGGCCCCCCGGGGGCCCCCCCGCCGCCGGGGCCCCCCGGGGCCCCCCAGUGAGAACCGCCAUUGGAUCCUCCCUUGGGCCCCCCCUGGGGGCCCCCCUGGGGCCCCCCUUUGGGCCCCCCCGGGUGCUUUCCCUGGGUCUUUCCCGGGGGCUACACACAAAGUAGACCCGUACCCAAGGAGAACAGCAUCUGGGGGCCCCCCUGGGGGCCCCCCUUGGGGGCCCCCUGACGAUGCAGAGAUGGAGGAGUGCAGCAGAGAACAGGGUAUGGGGGGGGCCCCUGGUGUUGUGGUUCCGCCUGGUUGUGAUUUAAUAACUUAUAUACAAGUCGUAAAGAACGGCAUGCAGAAGAAACACAACGCGCUGCACUGUCGAGACACCGGAGCAUUCAAGCGGGGGCCCCUCACCUUCAAGGAUCCUUUUAGUUUUAUUCGUUGGGCGGAGGGUACACAGGAGGGGGGGGGCCCCCGUGAACCCAUUUCUAUUGAAACGCUCUUGGCUACCACCAUGGUGACCCCACAAACCAGUACCGCAACAGAAACAGAAACAAAAGCAGAAACAGCAACGGAAACUGCAGCAACAGCAGCAACACCAGCAACAGCAGCAACAGCAGCAGCAACAGCACCAACAGCACCAACAGCAGCAACAGCACCAACAGCACCAACAGCAACACCAGCAACACCAGCAGCAGCAGCAGCAGGAGCAGCACAGAGAGAAGGCUCAUCGGUUGAUAUGUAUACAGUAGACAGCUCCUUUGACCCCAACGACCCCGCCCCUGAAGAUAUCCCUAAGAGCAUAAAAUUUAAAGAAAGAACAGAAAACCCAUGGCGAGAAGACAGUGCAGAGGAUGCAGAAGGAGGACAGAGUGUAACGCCUGCUGCUGCUGCUGCUGCUGCUGCUGCUGCUGCAGCAGCAAGUGCAGAAGCUGAGACUGGGGGGCAAUCGGGAGGGGAAGAGAAAGAGAAAGGCUCUACUGCUGUGGAGGAGGAGACAAAGAAACAGUAA